AUGAAUUCAAUUUUGAAAUUGUUUUUUCGGCAAACAGAAAAUCUUCUUUCGCUAACAAAAAACAGUAUGACUAUACGUCAAUUACAAUAUGAUCUUUCACAAGAUAAUAUUAAUUUAUUUGAUACAGAAGAAGAUCAAUAUCAAUGUAAAUUUUCGUAUGAUUUAUGUAAUGAACUUCGACUGUUACAAAAAAAUUUACAUUCAACUUGUUUUUUGCUUCAACGAGCACUUUAUCGUGUUCAUGCAUUAAGACAAAUGCGCGGAGAAUCAUCUAUUCAAAUCAAUCAUAAUCUUGUUAUUCACUACAAAGAAAAUCUUUCCGCUGAAUUAAAAGAUAUUCAAGAGAAAAUUUCAUCAAUUAUAAAUGAAAAUAUCUUAACUGAUUAUUCGAUAAAGAGUCUUCAAACAUUAUUUAAACAGAUUCAAGAAAAUUUUGAAAUAUUUCUCAAUUAUACAUAUGGAAUGCCGAUACAUAAAAGUACUAUCUAUCUUGGAAAUCUAGUUUCAAAUACACUGGACAGAUUUUAUUUAAUACUUGGUAGUCUCGCUCGACUUAUUAUGGAUAUCGAACAAUUCGAAAUAAAAUAA